CUUUGAAGGGGAAAUCGUUGUGUUUCCGGUUAAUGCGUCGUUUUGACGCAGGUGCGGUUGCUGUUUGCUGUUGAACGUCGUUACAUUCCACCGACACCAGCGGGAUGCCGGACCGACGACCGCGCGCCAAUAACGCACCAGAGUGACUGGAAACGGGACACUUCAAUAUACUGUCACUGUUAAUCCACACGGCGAGUCAGUGAGCAACGGCUAGCUAAGGUUACUCAACUAGAACUAACUAACGGCUACUCAACUAAACUAACUAACGGUUACUCAACUUGAACUAGCUAACGGUUACUCAACUUGAACUAGCUAACGGUUACUCAACCUAAACUAACGGUUACUCAACUUGAACUAGCUAACGGUCACCGGGAUGUCGGAGCACACACUGUUCGACCUGUUGAAUGACGCCAUCGAGACGCCGCAGAAAGGAGUCGUCAACUUCAGCGCCCUGCACGCGCUGCUCCACGCCGUGCUGCGCCGGCUGGACGCGCGGGACGCCCCGUGGAAGGAUGCGCGUGACACCCCGUGGAAGGACGCGCGGGACACCCCGUGGAGGGCCCCGGAGCGGGGCGGUGCUGGGGAGCUGAAGGUUGAGCCCGGCGAGGAGCUCCAGCAGCGGAUAGCCUCGCCUUCCUCCUCCUCCGGACCGGCGGCGGGCGACCAGCUGACCCGGAUCCGGACCUGCGAGGACGGCGUGUUCAAGGCCAUGAAGCUCAUUGAGGAGCUGCGUGAACAAAGAGUCCACCUGAAGGAGGAGAUGAAGGAGCUCUGCCACCAACAGAAGGUGGAAGCUGACCCCUCCCAGGUGCAGACGUGCCCUCUCCGUGUGGAUGCUCUGGAGGAGACUGUGAGGUCUCUGAGGGACACGUUUCAGAAGUACCCGGACCCGGAGGCCCUGAGGGGCGUCGGCCAGCUGGAGGCGCGCGUUACUGCGCUGGAAGGAGGGAAGGCAGACCGGGAACAGCUGACUCAGCUCAGAGAGCGCAUCACCACCACGAGUUCUCCGGGUUCCUCCGAGGACGUUGUGGAUCAGCUGAACCAGCAGAGAUCUCUGAUCAACGGCCUGAUGGGAGACCGGCAGAAGCUGGACGACCUGCGCGGCGCGUUGAAGGACGCGGUGCAGUCCAUGACCUCCCAGCUGGCCGGAAGCCAGAGCGGACAAAGCUCGGAGGGCAGGAAGCUGAGCCGGCUGCUGCAGCAGCAGGAGCAGCUGCAGGACGCGGUGAGCGGCCUCCUGCAGCGGCCUGCAGGCAGCACAGAGAACGCCGUGGUGGCGAGCGAGGUGCAGAAGGUGAUCCUGCAGCUUCAGGCCAAGUGUGAGAAUCUGCACGAAAGCAUCAGCAUUCUGAACGAGGACAGCAGACAGAAGCAGAGCCACCUGGAGGAGCUGCUCAGGACCACGGACCAGCUGGAGGAGAAGAAGGCCGACAAGCAGAUGGUGGAAAGUGGAAUCAAAGCAGAUAAAGGUGCUCUUGAGAGCAAAGUGAGCCGUAGGCAGUUUGACUCGGCGACGGAGGAGCUCAGCGCCAUGUUCCACGAGCUGCUGAGCAAAGUGACGGGUCAGGAGCAGGAAUGGAGAAAGGUUGUCGACCGGCUCUCCACCGAGAUGGAAUGUAAGCUCAACAGGAUGGAGUUGGACUCUGUGAAGAAGCAGCUGGAGGAUGGAUGGAAGAACUACCACCAGAAGCUUCAGGCUGAGGGAUCUCCAGAGCAGGAUGACGCUGCUGGGAUCAAAAGACAGCUGGUGGCCAGGUUCCACUGCCUCUCCUGUGACCGGCCCUUAGUGAUGCACAGCCCCUCCCUGAAUCUGUCGUCCUCUGACGGAAGCUCCUCCCACCAGCCGGUCAGGCCGUUCACCAUCUACACUCAGGAGCAAUUCAGACAUCACUGCAGGAGCCAGCAGCUCUCGGAGGAGACGGACUGCAGUCGUCUGUCGGUGCCAAGGAGCUGUGGGGGGAGUCACACGGUGACCUCGGCCAAGGAGCUGCGCAGCAUCCUGCAGCCCAGCAAGCAGCACGUCCAGGUGGAGGUGGACCAGUCGGAGGAGGUUGACAUCAUCGGACUGGACGGGCACGUUUACAAGGGUCGCCUGAACACACCGGCCAGAAACCCAGAAACUAAACUACCUACAAUCUCUACCAAAGAUGGCAAAACUAAAGACAAGGCAAAGUGCUCUCAGCACCUCAAACGCAGCGCUUCUCCAGAGCUUCCUCCCCCACUCAGCGUGAGGAGCGCUGUGUGCAGCCGCUCAGCCUCCAGCACCUCGGGGAGGGACUGGCCCGUAUCCGCUCUGGGCUGCACCUCCAGGAGCUCCGUCACCCCGGCCUCAGCUGCUGCAGAGAGCCAGGCGGAGCCCCUCGACCUGUAGGGGGCGGCCCCCCCUCCUUUAUUCGUGCAGUAAAGUUUGUGCAAACACAAGGAAAAACAUGUAAAUAAAAGACUGCGACAUCACGAUCCUCAGUCCGCCUGCGAAAUACAAAAGUAAAGUUUGUGGAACCUGCAGAAGCCCCGGAAACUAUAGACGUAAACAAAGACCAGUCCAGAGGUGUGGCACAUCUGUUCCGCUGAUGACAUCACCGCAUUAGAAGACCUGAUGGACACGCUGCUGCUUUGAACUCCUGGCGAGGGUCUCAUGAGCAAGUGGAGGGUCUCCUCUUGCUGCAGAGGGAACCCGGAGAGGUUCGAGGUAGGACAGUCCCAUUAGAAGAAGAAAACCAGGAAGUGAACCCGAGUGAGGAUUAUUGCCAUCGCUCACAUCUUCACUUUCUCAUUAAACUCUUGUUUUCCUCACUAGCGCAUCGUCUUCCGUCAAAUGCGGUUUGCAUCAACAUUAUAAAAACGUGAAUAUAUUGAAAUUGAAUGUUAUUAUCUUCCACUCAAAGCUCCUGUCGAGGCUUUUGAAAGAAGCAUUAAAACCUGUCAUCACCCCAAAAACAACUUUUUAAAGUCUUCUUUGAAUAAAAGGAUUAACUUUUGUAAUAAAGGAACUUAUUGAAAAUAUUAUUUCUUUAAAGGGUAAAUGCACACAAAUCUGGUAGAAGUAUUGUGACAGUUUGUAUUCCAGAAAUGAUCACAUUUAAGUUAACUAAUCAUCAAAUGUUGUUUCUCAAAAUAAAGGUCAACAACAAAAGAA